GGCUGCCUUUAAAUACUCACAGCCUUUCCAUAAGAGAAGCUGCACUUGUGCGGAAAGAGAGAAGGAGCCGUGACAUUCCACCUCGUGUUCUCACCUGAUUAACUUAAACCGUAAAGAUGUCCACUCAGGAAAAGCUCAUCAGCCAUGUGAUGAAGGAGGAGCCUAUUGGCUGCAGGAACAAGGUGACAGUGGUCGGAGUCGGCAUGGUGGGCAUGGCAUCCGCCAUCAGCAUACUGCUCAAGGAUCUGUGUGAUGAGCUGGCCCUGGUUGACGUAAUGGAGGACAAGUUGAAGGGUGAAGCCAUGGACCUCCAGCACGGAGCCCUCUUCCUCAAGACACACAAGAUUGUGGCCGACAAAGACUACAGUGUGACCGCCAACUCCAAGGUGGUGGUGGUGACUGCCGGGGCCCGCCAGCAGGAGGGCGAGAGCCGCCUUAAUCUGGUGCAGCGUAACGUUAACAUUUUUAAAUUCAUCAUCCCCAACAUUGUGAAAUACAGCCCCAACUGCAUCCUGCUGGUGGUCUCAAACCCAGUCGACAUCCUGACCUACGUGGCAUGGAAACUGAGUGGUUUCCCACGUCACCGUGUCAUUGGCUCUGGCACUAACCUGGACAGCGCCCGAUUCCGCCACCUCAUGGGAGAGAAGUUCCACCUCCACCCUGCAAGCUGCCACGGCUGGAUUAUCGGAGAGCAUGGAGAUUCCAGUGUGGCUGUGUGGAGUGGUGUGAAUAUUGCUGGAGUUUCUCUGCAAAGUCUCAACCCAAAGAUGGGUGCAGAUGGUGACAGCGAGAACUGGAAGGACGUGCAUAAGAAGGUGGUUGAUGGAGCCUAUGAGGUCAUCAAGCUGAAGGGCUACACCUCCUGGGCUAUUGGCAUGUCUGUGGCUGAUUUAGUGGAGAGCAUUAUGAAGAACCUGCACAAAGUUCACCCUGUGUCCACACUUGUCCAGGGAAUGCAUGGUGUGAAGGAUGAGGUUUUCCUGAGCAUCCCGUGUGUUCUGGGUAACAGUGGCCUGACCGAUGUCAUUCACAUGACGCUGAAACCUGAGGAGGAGACGCAGCUGGUGAAGAGCGCCGAGACCCUUUGGGGUGUGCAGAAGGAGCUCACUCUGUGAAGAGCUCUCCUUUAAAACCUUAAACACUCCUGAAAAAUCCCAGCAAAUACGCUGCGGUUGAUCCCCUCCUAUCUUACCUCUCAUAUCUUUCCCAGAGCAACAAGACUUCUGAGUAUAAUAAAAGUCAAAGUGUCUAAAGCUAUGCCAUUCAAAGAUAGGUGUAACACUUAUAUGCUCGCACACUGAUAUCAUUUUGCUUUUCCAACCCCCCCACCUGUCCUCGUCCAUCUGUGGCCAAGAAACGUUUACCCCCUGUAUUUAAGGUCAAUCUGUUUUGAGUAGAGUGGAUAUCUGUUUACUACUCUCUACUAAAAGAACUUCAGACCGUUGCAUUUUAGUUGGAUGUAAUUUGUGUACUGUUGGUUGCUGUUUUUUGCUGCGUUCUCUGUGCACUGUAUUUGUUAAUUCUGUGGUUGUAACUAGUCAAUUUUUCCACUUGGUAAUCUCUGUUUUUUAAGCAUAACAGAGACAUUCCAUUCUCUAUAAGGAGUGACCAUUACCAACUUACAGUCAUGACAACACUGCCCCAUAUUAUCACUGGGCCAAAAUCCUGUGAUACCAAAGUACCUUUAUUAUUUCAAAAACCGCAGUCCACUGAAGCAAACCUAACCACAAGUGCACUGAGAUGUAGGUGAGAUUACUGGUGGAACAGAGCUAAUUUACCCAGAGAGCCAGUGGAGACUAGUCAACCAGCAUAUUUACUUUUAGAUUAGGUUAAAAAAAAAAAGAGCUACAGUUCUGAGACCGUUUGCCCACAGAAAUGCCCAGAGGUUUUAUAUUCAACUCCAAAUAUAGAUUAUAUUAUUACCUAAGGCUAUAAUACAGAAAAUAAUUAAAUGCUGCUGCGUUCAGAUAUACUGUAUCACUUGAAGAGGAACUGUUUCUGUCAUGGCAGCUGGAUAUUUUUAUUUGCUGUAACAUCAAGUAAACCUGCCAGAAUAGUAA